AUAUCUAUAAUCUUUGGCUACAAACACGACCAUGUGCAUCCGGUUCUCGUGACCAUGGCGGCUCCUGCCGUUGUUGCUGAGCCUUCCACCGGGGAAAACGUGUCGGAAUCUGCUAAUGGACCCACGGAAAGUUUCAAAGAUGUCCAGAAACGACCGCAGUUCGGCACUCGGUUCCUGACAGACCCACGACAGGUUUUUCAACACAAUGCGUGGGAUAACGUGGAGUGGUCAGCAGAGCAGGAGGCUACUGCCCAGAAAAAAGUGCAGGAAAACAGUCAGCCUCUCCCUGCAGAAAAACAAGAGGAAUUUGACAACAGAGCCAAUGAAUACUGGAAUGAUUUCUACACCAUUCAUGAGAACCGAUUCUUCAAGGAUCGCCACUGGCUUUUUACAGAGUUCCCUGAGCUGGCCCCUCAACAAAAACCUUUGCAGGUUACCAGAGAGGAGGGAACAACAGAUAAUGAACCUAAGAACUUGUUUAAUGGUGAACAUGUUACUUCACCCCAUGGUGAGAGUACAUUUCCUGGAGCCUCGUCAUCCUAUCGGAUCCUGGAGGUAGGCUGUGGAGUGGGCAAUACUGUGUUUCCCAUCUUGAAAACCAACAAUGACCCAGGACUUUUUGUUUACUGUUGCGAUUUCUCUAGCACAGCUGUUGAUCUUGUCAAGUCGAAUCCAGAAUAUGACCAAGCACGCUGCCACGCAUUCGUCCAUGAUAUGAGUGAGCUGUCUGCAGAGUAUCCAAUGCCAGACCAGAGCCUAGAUGUCAUUGUCCUCAUAUUUGUGCUGUCUGCUUUGCAUCCUCAAAAGAUGCAAAAUGCUAUAAAUAGAUUAGCACAAUUGCUGAAGCCUGGUGGAGUACUUUUACUGAGAGACUAUGGCCGCUACGACAUGGCACAGCUUCGUUUCAAAAAAGGGAGGUGCUUGUCUGAAAAUUUUUACGUAAGAGGGGAUGGAACACGCGUCUAUUUCUUCACACAAGAUGAGCUGCAUGAUCUUUUCUCCAGUGCUGGAUUGGAGAAGGUGCAGAAUAUGGUGGACCGGCGCUUACAAGUCAACAGAGGAAAGCAGCUGACUAUGUACAGAGUUUGGGUACAAUGCAAGUAUCGCAAGGCUCUGGCACCCACUUAAAUUCAUGGCUGUUAUUCAGGCUGUGCUGACCCAUAAGAACGUUGUCCUUGUGACAUCAAGCCCUUUUAAUGAUGGACAGGUUGCAAGAGUUUACAGAACUGCAUUUGUAAUAUGAAUCUGAGACCAUGCUGAAUGCUCUCAAGUGAAGAAAUGUUCAGUCUCAUGCAGUCUGCUUGAAAAGGAUGUUGGAAGACUUUAGGUUCCAUGACGCACCAGUGGACUACUAACUGCCCAUUCAUCACGUUAACUAAUGUUUUUAAAUAUGUUUAUUUUAAUUUUACAAAUAAACAAGGAUGCUGUUGAACAAACGUUAAAGCUGUUUUAAGUAUCAACCUCUCCAACUCCUUUACUCAUUUCAUCAGUUUUUAUUUAUUAAGCUUUUAUGAAUAGUGCUUUUUCUUUUUUGGAUGUAUUUCUUAUUGUAACAGGAAAUUGGGUUGGGACUGUAUAGAGACUGUUAAUUAUAAAUGUGUGCAUGACAUGUGCUGAAACUUUUCAUCAGUACAUCAGCUGCAAACACAAAUGGCAUCAAAGCUAGAUUUCAUAUAUCUUAUAUGAAUAAAUCUGGUUGGUUAUGA